AUGCUUCGAGAUGCGAGGAAGAAGUAUCAUAGAACGUUUACAUUGUUUCUCUUCGUCUACAUCUUCUCUCAUCUCACACUGCUGCCUGAGAACAGAAAGCCUGAAGAGACGGUCGAUGUGGUUAUUCACUGCGGUGAUCUCACCCAACAGUCCAAGCUAAAGAAAUUCCGAGCAGCCAUCCGCCUCCUCAAGAGCAUUGAUGCUCCACUCAAACUGGUCAUCGCCGGCAACCAUGACUUUACCCUCGAUACCCCCACGUUCAGGAGCAAGAUUGAGAAAGUUCGGCCUUCUAUCUAUACGAAGCUCAUAGAGCGAGAACAUGGUGUUUUGGGGGAAGCAAGAAAGCUUCUUGACGAAGCAGCAAAGGAGGGUAUCACGUUCCUCGAUGAAGGCACUCACCACUUUACCCUAGCAAACGGAGCGCACUUGACAGUCUAUGCAAGCCCAUACACUCCGUCUAUCAAUGAUUGGGGUUUUCAGUAUGAUCCUAGACAAGGUCAUGAAUGGCCUAUUAAAAAGGACGUCGACAUUGUCAUGACUCACGGGCCCCCGUUGGGCAUUUUCGACCUACAGGGCAGCCGAAGGAUUGGAUGUCCUCAAUUAUUCCAAGCAGUCGCAAAUGCAAAGCCUCUAAUGCACUGCUUCGGACACGUCCACAACAACUGGGGCGUAAGGUUGGUGCGAUGGCGCGAAAAGAUGCCCAAUCCGCCAUCACAUUUCACAGCCAUUAAGAAUAAAGAGUCGGUCACAAUCGAGACUCUCAAGGCGCUAAAGACUGCCAGGUUCGACACGAUCGAGAUGAUCCUGAAAAAGUACGAAAGGGUGAAGAAGUGCGAAGUGGACGGCUAUUACGAGACAAGACACUCUAGAGGUGCCAAACACCCUUUGGAGCGCGGUGCCCAGACACUCUGUGAAUGCGGCUAUUCAAGGCACAGAGAAUGA